AUGGCGAGGGAUGUUCCGGCGAUGCAGACGUUGUAUCUCCCGAACGUCAGUGUCCACAUCCCUGGCAACGUCUUCACGGCACCGUUGUACGUGAUAGUGGAGAAAAUUCAAGGUAUUCGGCUUCGUCAACGCAUCAAAAUCACUGUGACGUUUGUCGAGUGGCUUCCGGGACAUCCCUCCGUUUUUGGGUUGGAGGCUGGUAUUAGCUUCAUGCCGCCGCCGGUGUCUGCGACGUCGGGAUCGCUCUUCGUAGGGGGCGAGCUUUUUGUAGCGGUCUUGGAAAUCCCCGCCCUGUUCCGUAUCACGAAGGAUAUGGUUACUACGCCGACGAUGGAUGAUGCCUCUGCUGUCGCCACCGGUUCUGCUACCGGUGUAUCCGAUGACUUCGAGCAACUCCGAGGAGCGCUGUCGGAACUGGUCAAAUCUCCGUACUACGUCGGCAACCCUUCCUUACAAGACCAUGUCAAGUGGGUUGUGCUUCCUACUUGUUCGGUGCUCGUUCGCACGGACACCGAGGAGGAAGCCGAGGUUGAAUGGGUGGGAGAAAUCGACCCUCGCGGUAUAGCGUACCACCUGUACGUUGACGGCGGGUGGAGGGUGGAAUUCGCUGCUGGAUCGCCGCUCUUCGCUUCAAAGGCUCGUGCGCUUCUGAUGAAGCCCUCGCGUAACGUAUGGUCCACGGCAGCCGGUCUGUGGCCUGACAUACUCGCUGGAUUUAACAAUAUCGAGUCCAGCCGCGCGCAGGCGGGCGCUACGAAGCAGAACACGAUAGUGGAGUUGGGGAACAAGAUCAAAGUUCGGCAUAUAAUUUUCGAGUCGGUCGGCAACGUUGGCAAUGAGGUCCGCGAUAACUCUGAUGCUGAUGCCGAUAAUGAUGAUCCCUUCGAUAUGCGGAAUUGGAAGUGCUCAUCCGUCGCAGCUCGCACGGAGCUCAACGAACUCGUCAAGUCCGGCGAGUAUACUGGAAACGUGUUACCCGCUUUCACCGACGUCGCAGGUGAUGUUCUUGUCCUUCCGGGGGACUACGAACGCACCCUUCGUGGCGCUCUGGUCCUCAUCCGUACGGCCAUCACGUAUCAGCCGUUUGAGAGCAAGACGACCAAGCUCGAUAAUUACUAUGCCGAGAUUCGCGACAUUCGGGUUCUACAUGCACCUCCUCCUGCUCCCCCGUCCGCCUCGAAGAAACGCGUCUCGGAUGUGUUGGAGCGGAUGAAGAAGGCUCGUGUUGCUGCAAAGAUGGGGGCUUGA